AUGGCGAAUCUUUUAAAUCGCGCACGUGAUAAUUUUUUUGGCAACAACAACAACAAUAAUAAUCAACAUAUACACGAUGAGGGUGUUGUAAUGCCCGAAAUCGAUCAUGAAAUGGACGAUGACGAUGCAGACGAUCCAUUAACUUUGAGCGCACCAAAGCGUUCACUCAACGCCACCAUGAGCGAUCAUGCGCUCAACACGCUCAACGAAUUGCGACGCAACAAUUUACUUUGUGAUGCCGUGGUUUCGGUAUCCGAUGCAUCGUUCAAUGUGCAUCGCGCCAUUAUGAGUGCAUGCAGUUCGUAUUUUAGGGCACAGUUCACCGGUUUCAAUUCCACUAUAUCGCCAUCGAAAAGUGAUGAGAAUCGUUCCGUGCACAUACCGGGCAUGAGCGGUGCCAUUAUGGAGCAGUUAAUACAGUACGCCUACCUGCGCAAGUGCACCAUCAAUACGGAAAACGUACAUGAGUUGCUCAUAUCGGCCGAUUAUGUGGGUAUGAUUGGAUUGGUGACGCUGUGUAAACAACAUCUUGCCACGAUGUUGACGGCCGAGAAUUGUGUCAGCAUAAUGGGAUUCGCCAGAUUUCGUUUUCUCGAUGAUUUGUAUGCGAAAGCGCGCAACUAUCUGCUGCGCUAUUUCAUUGAGGUUGCCGCUAAAAAUAAGGACAUACUCGAAAUGGGCUUAAAGGAUUUCUACGACAUAAUUAGCGACGAUGAGCUCAAUACACGCGAGGAGGACCAUGUAUGGAAGCUGUGCAUUAAAUGGAUCGAUCACGACCCAGAAAAUCGCAAACAAUAUGUGGCGCAACUGAUGCAGGGUGUACGCUUGGGUUUGAUGACACCAAAGUGUUUCAUGGACGAGGUGAAGGAACAUCCGUAUGUGCUGCAGUGUGACGAUGCGAAACCAUUGAUUGUUGAGACAUUUAAAUUUAUCUCUAAUUUAUAUGUGCCAUUUCGUAUGCCAUUUUCCAAAAAGCUCACCACACCACCAUUAGCCAUGCCACGUCUGCCGCAUGAGGUAAUCUUUGCCAUUGGCGGCUGGAGUGGCGGCACAUCGAAGGGUUGCAUCGAAACCUAUGACACGCGUGCUGAUCGUUGGGUGAAUAUACCGGCUGAAGAUCCAGCCGGACCACGUGCUUAUCAUGGCACCGCUGUUAUCGGUUAUAAAAUCUAUUCGAUUGGUGGUUAUGAUGGGGUCGAAUAUUUCAAUACAUGUCGUGUCUUUGAUGCGGUGCGCAAGAAUUGGAAGGAGAUUGCACCAAUGCAUUGUCGUCGCUGCUAUGUUAGCGUCGCUGAACUUAACGGUCUUAUCUACGCAAUCGGCGGCUAUGAUGGUCAUAAUCGUUUGAAUACAGUCGAGCGUUAUAAUCCGAAAACGAAUCAGUGGACCGUUAUAACGCCUAUGAAUAUGCAAAGAUCUGACGCCAGCGCGUGCACGUUAAAGGGGAAAAUUUAUGCAACGGGUGGCUUCAAUGGGCAAGAGUGCUUGGACAGCGCUGAAUAUUACGAUCCCGGCUCCAAUAUCUGGACACGUAUACCAAAUAUGAAUCAUCGUCGCUCGGGUGUAUCUUGUGUCGCAUUUCGUGGUCAACUCUAUGUUAUUGGCGGCUUUAAUGGCACUGCGCGUCUCUCAACAGGCGAACGUUAUGAUCCCGAUACACAAACAUGGUCGUUCAUACGCGAAAUGAAUCAUUCGCGUAGCAAUUUCGGACUUGAAAUAAUAGAUGAUAUGAUUUUCGCCAUUGGCGGUUUCAAUGGCGUAUCCACAAUUUCACAUACAGAAUGCUAUGUGGCCGAGACGGACGAGUGGAUGGAGGCCACAGACAUGAAUGUGGUGCGUUCGGCGCUCACGGCCAACAAUGUAGCCGGUUUGCCGAAUAAACGUGAUUACAUACACAAGGAGCGUCACCGUUUGAUGGAGGAGCGACGUCAACGGCUGCUGGCAAGCGCUAUGGCACGUGAUGCGGAGACCAUAUCCAUGUCGAAUGCCUCAGUGGAGGCGCAAGAUGCCGCCAUGGAUGAUUACGAUAGUCCGAAUGAGGAUGACGACGCCGACGAUGAGGAAGAUGCAGCUGGCAUUGAUAUUGCGGCAGCGGCCGCACUUGCACCCGUCAUUGAGGAUCGUCACGAAGAUCUGCGUCCCGAUCCGAAUCGACGCUUUCGCGUGCAAUUGAGAGCGCAACGUUUUGGGUCACAUCAUGAGAUACGACGACGCGCCUGAAGCAAGGUAAAUAAGUAAACAGAUUGCUGGCUAUCAAUGUCUGCAAAAUACGACAAAGUGCUGGUAGCUGCUUUAUGAAGUGGAACAGCUGAUCUUCAAGAAGUGACAAUAAAAUUUAAAAUAUAUAACCAAAAAAAAAUUCAAUGUAAUAUGAAUGAGCACAAAACCAAGUCAAACGGUACAAAACAGGAACAUGUAACUGAAGCGAAAAUAAACCACGAACGCGCACGAAUAGAUACGAUACUGAUUUAAAAUAAAAAAAAAAUUAAAUGAAGUAAUGAGGAAAGGAACUAAUUCAAAUUGAUGACAAAAUUUUUAGCGCUUGGCAGUAGCAACGGAUUGAGUGAUAACGAAGUUUCAAGUGGGUGCAUAUAAUUAAGGUAGACGAUGACAACGAAUGCAUUCGGAUGGCCGAACUGAGUGUGUAAGAAUUGCUCACGAGCAAAAACGAUGAUUUUUUUUUAACUACGAUUUUUUUACAUAAUUUGGCAUUGAAUGUAAUAUUGACAAAAUUUUCAAGCAAUUGUACAAAAUUUUAUUUAGUGAUAUUUAAAAAAAUCAAAAUUAAUAAAAGUUUGGUAACUUCUACGACUAUAGCCCAAGA